AUGGCGCGCUUUCCACUUGUGUCUGCGGAUCCAUGAGAGCCUUUCUCUGUUAAGGGGAACUUGAAGCGGUACAGGGGUAAUCAUGUCUCCGUGCCGAUUCUGGACCGCGGUUUGAAGGUACUGAACGAAGCUCCAUAUCCGAUGUUCGUGCUCCCUCGCCCUGCAUGGAGCAGGACUCCACUGUAGAGACUUCUCCAGAAUAUGCCUUGUCUCCAUGGUAACAGGCCACUGGCAGUCCCAGAAAAGCACCGGGCCAAACUUCAUCCACACUCAUCCAACUAACCUGAUACUGGACUGUACUAAAGAGGAGAUGAACCAAAAUGAAAACAAUUCGUGUUCCUUCAAAUAUAUGUUUAUUUAAAAUUUGUGAAUAUUUUUAUUUCAUUCAAAUGACCCAGGAUGCCUUAAAUAGUGCCUGAAAUCACAAGUUGAUGUCAUUUUAGAAGGGGAUUGCUUUCCAUUGUUGUACCUAUAAUGCAGAGGACUCUGAAUGUUCUCCUAAUUAUCCCCUAAAAACCCAAAGGAAAACUCUUUUUAGAAGUUUUCAUGGACCAUCAUGUGAGGUAUUCAGUCUCAAGUAAGGGAUCCUAAACCGGGCAGCACCAGUCCCAAACUGGUCUGAAAGGAGUCAGUGCAAGGAUGCACCAACUGUUCAGCCGAGUGCUGGGGCAGAGGGAUCUAUCCAGAGCAGGGGAUCUAUUUUCUCUGGAGGACACAGAGAUCAAAGACUGUCUGUCUCAGGCUCUGGACCAGAUCAAGACCAUCUCCUGCUCACCGGACUAUUUGACCAAUGACAACGACCAGGCAGUGGUGGAGAUCUGCAUCACACGGAUCACCACAGCCAUAAGGGAGACAUGCUCCAUCGAGCAGCACAGCAGGGCGCUGGUGGGGCUGUGGGAGUCCUGUCUGGAACAUAACCUCACCCCGCAAGGUGAAAACACAGAGGACACGCCACAUGCCAAGAUAGCGUCCGACAUCACCAGCUGUAUCCUGCAGAACUACAGCUGUCCAUCGGUCAUGGUGCUGGCAGUCCCGGUAGCAGUUCGGUUCCUGCAGAGAGGGAACAGGGAGCUCAGCAGGAACAUGUCCAGUUAUCUCUCUCUGGCUGCGAUAGCCAAGGCUGACCUGUUGGCUGAGCACACGGAGGCCAUAACACACAGUGUACUGGGAGGUAACCACAUGCUGUUACGAGUGUUGCCCUCAGUCUACCCCAGACAGCCAGACACCAUCCACAGUCACCUGGGCAACCUCACCGGGAUGAUAUCACAGCUGGAGUCCCCGGAGCAACAACACCUGAUUAGACUCAUUCAGGUGGUUGCAGAGCAGCAUCCACUCAUGUUGAGCCCUCAAGUGCCUGCAUUAGUCAGCCACCUAGGAGACCAAUCCCUGACUGAGGCCCUGCUGGGCGCACUCGUGGAUGUGUCACAGGCCAGCCCCUCAUCAUUAGUCAGCUUUUUGCCAACACUGAGGAUUGUCGGACAGCAAUGCCCUGCUCUCCUGGGUCACGUGGCCAAAAUCCAUGGUGCCGUGGGUAUCAUAAGUGAGGCUCAUGCUCACAGCGUAUUGGUCUACCUGGUGUCCCUCUUGGGCAGCAUGGAGCACAGCUUUCACCACACUCUGCUGCUGGAAAUCCGAGCACUCACCGACCGUUACCCAACUGUACUGGGAGGCUGCAGCAAAGACCUCUACAGGAUGAGCAACUCGUUCACUGCUAUAGCCAGACUGCUGGGGAGGAGACUGGAGGAGAGCACAGACUCACACUGCAGGGUGGACGAGGUGUGUACGCUGUCGCCCUGUGCAUCUCUUCCAGGGGGAGGAGAAUUGGGGAGGUCAGAGCAGCGUCUGCAGGUGAAGAUCCAGGCCUUGGAUGAGAAGAUUGGGGAGGAGAAUGGAGGAGAGGAGGAGGUGGAGGAAGACAUCCUGCCUCCCCAGCGACGCUACAGCCUCAGCCAAGCUGUCAGGGAGGAGAGACGGGAGAUGAGAUUCAACAGGUCAAAGAGCCUGGCCCUCCAUGCUGUCCGCUCCCGCUCCAACAACUCAGACACUGGGGAUGAUGGGGAAGACUUUGAUCAAACCCCGGACAGCAUCUUCUCCAGCACAGUGCCAAAUUGCCUCUCUGAGAACCAGGAAGCUCCACCCACUGAGCGGAAACCAGCAGGUGAUGGCUCCAUGUCUUUCACUGCUGCCCUGGAUGGAGGGGUCAGAGAGACUGAGAGAGGUCAGAGCAAAGACAAGGACCGAGAGAAGGAGGACCAGGGGGAAGCCGACAGACUCUUCAUCCAUUUAAGAGACAAUCUGGAGACCAUCAGGGAGUUCUGUAAAGACAUGGUGCAGCAGAUCCCCAUACCAGAGCACUGUGUGAUAGAAGAUUCAAAUCGGGGAUGUGUGGCAAGGCUGUCGUUCUCCUGUCCUCUCAAGGGCCACUACUGUCUGUACACCAAAUCCUGUUUCAACAUGGCGAGCCGACAGCCUCACCUGUGGAUACACAUCAUGCUGCUACAUUUACAGAGUAAAUCCAGUGCCCCCUUGUGCUCCAGGGACGAUUGUGUCCAGAGACUUGUUUCUCUUUGGGAGAAGACGCAGCUGAAAGGAGCUCACAGCUUCCCCAUGGCUAUGACUCAGCAAACGACCCCACACAGGAAGGACCUGGACAGUCUCCAGAUUCAGCUGGAAGAGGUUCGUUUCUUUGACCUGUUUGGCUACAGUGAGGAGGAAGGAGGUUGGCUGUGCUUCAUGUGUAACAACCCUGAGAAGGCCACAGUUGUGAACCAGGAGGGACAGCCUCUAAUCGAGGGGAAGCUGAAGGAGAAGCAGGUCCGCUGGAAGUUCAUCAAGCGCUGGAAAACCCGUUACUUCACCCUGGCGGGAAACCAACUACUCUUCCGGAGAGGCAAAUCGAAAGAUGAGCUGGAUGACAUCCCAAUUGAGCUAAGCAAGGUGCAAAGUGUCAAGGUGGUAGCCAAGAAGCGGCGUGAUAGAGGCCUGCCGCGGGCCUUUGAGAUCUUCACAGACAGUAAGACAUAUGUGCUGAAAGCUCAGGAUGAGAAACAUGCUGAGGAGUGGCUGCAGUGCAUCAACGUGGCCGUGGCUCAAGCCAGAGAGAGGGAGAACAGAGAGGCUACCACAUACCUGUGAGAGAAACCAAUGAGGACACAGCAACACUGUUAUUGACAAUAUAUGUCAGGAACAAAUGCACAUUUUCACACAGGCAAUCAUACAAUGAGGAAUUUCUUGUGUAGCUGCACACAAGAAGACACAGUAUCCACUGCCAGGAGCUUAAUUUUAUAUCUGCAAUCAGUGAUAUAAAUCAUUAAACCCAUUGUGAGUGGACAAAAACAAUUAAAAAACUAAAUAUGCAGUUUUUUUUUUCGUCAGAAAAACAAAUACUUCUAAUAAACCAGCAAUAACAGAC